CCACACGUAGCACACUCUCUACGCGUCAAAGUCGCGUCAAUGCUUUGCCGAGGAGCCAUUGGGAGAGGGAUUCAUUGAGUUAGUGCAACAAGUAUGAGGUGUUCUCUUGGACGGGUCGGCCUGGCGGCGACAGCAGCAGCAGUUGUCGUGUGCGUGCGAGGAGGGGAUGCGGAUCCAGCAGCAGCUGAUGCUGCGACUGUUGCGACCCGCACGCAGGGGUCUGCCUCAGCAGCAGCCUCUCCGGCUGAGUCGUUGUUCGAGAGCGCGAAGGCCGUGCUGGAGUGCCAUGUGUGCAAGACUUCGCAGCUAACCGGUACCGUAGACGACUGCUGCGUGGACUACAGCACGGUGGACACCGCGACGAAAGGCUCGUUCAUGCCCCUCCUCACCAAGCUGCAGAAGAGAAAUUUCUUCAAGUACUUCAAGGUCAACCUGGAGAAGGAGUGCCCCUUCUGGGAGGAGGACGGGCAGUGCAUGAUGAGGGACUGCUCGGUUUGCGAGUGCAGCCCGGAGGAGAUCCCUAAGCCUUGGCUGGAGGAGGACGAGAGGUCAAGCGCGAAGGGAGUGGAGGAUGUGCAGCCGGGAGACGACUGCUCGGAACAGAUCCGCAAGGAGAAAGCCUGCCAGGAGAACUCCGAGGCGGAGAGAGACUUUGGCAAGGUUGACCACAGCCAGAGCUCUCCCGCCGACGACUCGUUCAACCCUUGGUCGGAGGCGGCGGACGCGGCGGUGUGGUCACUGCAAGAUGAGGGCGGGGAGGGGUUCGAGUACGUCAACCUCGACCUCAACCCGGAAAAGUUCACAGGGUACUCUGGGGCGUCAGCGGCACGGGUGUGGGGGUCCAUCUACUGGGAGAACCUCAAGGGGUACCAGGACAACGCUUGCAUGGAGAAGCGCAUCCUCUUCCGCCUCCUGAGCGGCCUCCACUCGUCCAUCAUGACCCAGAUCGCCAACGACUACCGCUUCGACGACGGCACAUGGGGGCCCAACACCAAGAUGUUCGUGAAUGCCGUGGGCAUGCACCCUGACCGGCUGACCAACAUGUACUUCACCUACGUGUUCGUGCUCAGGGCGAUUGGAAAGGCGCGACCGUUCCUCAUGGCGUACGAGUACGACACCGGAAAUGACGAGGACGACAAGCUCACCCGUCAGCUGAUCAACGAGCUAGUGAGCACCGAGCAGGAGAAAGAGGCUGGCAUGGUUAGCGUGGACAACGACAUGCGGCGCGACGACUCUGUUCCGAUGUGCCUCAAGGGCUUCGACGAGAAGGGGCUGUUCGGCGACGCGAGUGGAGACGUCGUGUUCGAGGCUGGCCAGGAGGACGGCUCUAUGGCCCUCAAGCAAGAGUUCAUGCACAAGUUCCACAACAUAUCACGCAUCAUGGACUGCGUCGGCUGCGAGAAGUGCAAGCUGUGGGGCAAGCUGGAGACUCUCGGUCUCGGAACGGCACUGAAGAUCAUGCUCUUCUCGUCUGACGUGGAGGGCAAGCAAGACCUCAAGUCUCUCAGCAGGAACGAGCUGAUCGCCCUGGUGAACACGGCGGCGCAACUGGCCAAGAGCGUCGGAAGCGUCCCGGGGUGGAGAUGGUUGGAGGUGAAGCAAAAGGGUGCGCAGGUGGGGAAAAGAGCGGCGCUCGCCACGAUACUCGCGCUGGCGGCGCUGGGCGGCGGCGCCUACCUGCUCCGCAAGCGUGCCGCCGCUGGUGGCGGCGAGAGCAGCAGCAGCGGGGGCGAGGGGGGAGGGGCAGGGACAGGGACGACGACGCCUUCGAAGGCAAACGGCACCGGCAACGAUUCGGGGAGCGAUUCCGGGAUGCGAAGACGGCAGAAGAAGGCGCCCGUGUCUGGGCAUGAAGAUUGAGUGUUGUUGGUACUAGGCGGUAGCGGUUGUGUGUGUGGGAGCUAAUGGUUGGUCAAGUUGGUGGGGGCGAUGCGGGCGUUAGGCGUUUGAGCUAAUCCUGAAUGUGAGUUGGAGUUUCAGAGUUGGACAUCGUUAAGAGUAUUUUGAUUCUCUUCUGCUGUGACGGGUGUAUGUGUAGCUUGUCUGUUGAGAGGUUCGGCAGGGGAGACCGUUUUUUGUACGGCAGAAACCACGGACAGCUUGACGAAAAGAAAAGGAAAAUGUCGUAAAGAUGCAUCAUCGGCAUUUAUUUAUGCAAGCGUAACAAACAUUCGGUUGUGAACUUGUUGACACUGGUGGUGUGUGUUUCUUGGGAUGCCGACGGUCUUGUCUCGAUCUCGUUUCGUUUUGGCGGGAUGAUAAUCGACAGCAGCGUUGAUCUUAGUAGCACCAGCUGCAAGCAGGGACAACAAAACUUGAUUGAUGGCAAGACGGCUGUUUUUUUUUUUUUUUUUGACGGGAACAGCAGUUGUCACUUUUUUUUUCCGUUACAAUAACCGGAUCUUUUAUUUCAUGAUCAUCACCGGUGUGUCACUUGUAUUGUCUGGUGAUGGGCUGUACUUACUAGUAAUGGGGAGAUGAGAUGGGAGGAGGUCUUUGUUUUCUAAGUACCUCGUAGUAUUUCCUCCUUCGUUUUUUGACAUGCCCUUCCGCCCACCAGCCAGAUGGAAUACAUCGAGACGUUGCUGCACACGGAGAUGGACAUAUAUGUAUGAUG